GUAAAUAUUUCUGAAGCCCACAGUUUAAAGCCUGGUCACUUUAUACGACAGAGAAAGAGAGAGAGGAAGAGAGAAGCCGUGCUCCAUUUCACGAUGGCCUCCCUUGCUGCAACAAAUGCAGAAUUUUGCCUCAACUUGUUCCAAGAGAUGGAUUACAAUCAAGCAAGUGGAAAUGUGUUCUUUUCCUCUCUGAGCAUCUUCACUGCCCUGGCUGUGGUCCGUUUGGGCGCACGAGGUGACUGUGCUUCUCAGAUUGAUAAGAUGCUUCAUUUCAAUACCACCUCAGGACAUGGAAAUGCCUUUACUACUCAGAAUGGACUCCAAUCUCAACUGUCAAGGAUUCUCGCUGAUAUAAACACAUUCCACAAGGAUUAUGAACUCAGCAUUGCCAAUGGUCUUUUUGCAGAAAACGUGUUUGACAUUCGCAAGGAUUAUAUUGAGUGUGCUGAGAAAUUAUACCAUGCCAGAGUGGAAACAGUUGACUUUACAAAUGCUGUAGAAAAGACCACGUAUAAUAUUAAUAGAUGGGUUGCACAGGAGACACACGGCAAAAUCAAGAACAUCAUCCGUGAAGGAAGUAUUAGCUCUUCCGCGGUGAUGGUGGUGGUGAAUGCCAUCUACUUCAAGGGAAACUGGGAGUCGGCCUUCUCCAAGAAUGAAACCCUACAUUCCCGGUUCAAAUCCCCCAUGUGUCCUGGGAAAGCAGUCGCCAUGAUGCAUCAAGAACGGAUGUUCAAAUUGUCCGUCAUUCAGGACCCAUAUAUGCAAGUUCUUGAACUCAAAUAUCGCGGCGGCAUAAGCAUGUAUAUAAUGCUGCCUGAGAGUGACCUCUCCCACAUUGAAAAAAAAAUGACCUUUCAGAAUGUAAUGAAAUGGACCAAUCCAAGAAAAAUGAGCUCCCAGUAUGUCAAGGUGUUUCUUCCACGGUUCAAGAUAGAGAAGAAUUAUGAAAUCAAAGAAUACUUAAAAGAACUAGGGCUGACCGAUCUCUUCGAUGAAUCCAGGGCUGACCUCUCUGGCAUAGCUUCAGGAGGUCGUCUAUAUCUGUCAAAACUGAUGCACAAGUCAUACAUAGAGGUUACCGAAGACAGCACAGAGGCAGCUGCUGUCUCAGAAAACAACAUUGUAGAAAAGCUACUCCCCGAGUCUACGUUAUUCAAAGCUGAUCACCCAUUCCUAUUUGUCAUCAGGAAGAAUGACAUCAUCUUAUUUACUGGCAAAGUCUCUUGCCCUUGAAAAUCCGUUUCUGCUAUGAUAGUUCCAGCAACAUCAAGGAACCACCAUAAGAGAAUCUAGUUUAACAGGAAGCAUGUGGUGUUUCCUUUAGUUGACUUCUUUCUGACAUUGGCCAGCAGAUGACUUGAACCUCCUCAGACACCUGGUUGAUUACCCUGAUCUUGCUCUUAGCAUUUUUAUCACCAUUGGCCUCACCCAUAUCUAAUUUCAUUGUCUUCCUACCCACACUCAUUUCCACCAGUCUCUCCCGUAGCCACUUACGCACAGAUCUGGGCAUGGCAUCUGGGAAUUGUGGAGUGCUCCACAGGUAAUGGCAAUGUGGAAGCAGUCUUAGGCAACUUUUUUGAAACUCUAUAGGCAUCGCAGGUAUUCCAGUUUUGUUGUAAAUGAUCUAGCAAGUAAGCCCAGCUCCUAGGAAUAAGGGUGAGGCAUAACUUUUCCUUGCUGACCUAAGAAGACAUUAAAGUUGAUUUUAACACAUCUGAUGUGAAAUCAGUGUCUAAUCUAAAAGUGAAAAAAUAUGGAUUUGGGAUUGGGAGCCAACCAAAAUAUUUCAUUAAUAACUUCAAGUGGAUGUCUUUUGGCCUUUCCUUGAUAGAGACUUAAUAUGUACAUAGUUUUUCAAAUAUGAAAUACCUUUUAACUGUUGCCAGUUAUUAU